CAAAAAUAUGAAAACGUUUUGUUGAACUCCAAUAAAAGAAAUCACAAAAUCUAAUGAUGGAGGAGGGAGGAAGAACGGCGUCAGACGUUGAAAGGGACGAAAUGCUUGUAAAAAUGCAAGAAAGAAUGAAAGCUCCAUUGGAAUGGCCUUCAAUAGGCUCCUGUAAAAUCCUAGACUUGCAACCUCAACAUUUCAGUGAAGCACUGCGUUUGAUAAAGCGUCACUACUUCAAGGACGAUCCGAUGUGCGCUGCAGCCGGUCUUUCAGAGGAUCCAAUAUCUGUCGAGUAUUACUUAGAAUGCAUUCGGAUGUGGAUGAAGGAUACCACGAGCCUCGUCGCUGUCAGUGGCAAAUCUGGAAGGGUUGUGGGGGUUGUAAUCGCAAGGAUUAACGUUGAAGUAGAUCGGAGCAUUACUUAUUCAAGAAUGCAGAUUCAUGAAGGCCAGGUAUUGGAGAAAAUAAUGGAUUUCAAGAACACAUUAGUGAAGGAAGCAGAUAUCCACAACUACUUCAAGAGUCCUGAAGUAUUUCGGCUUUAUAUCCUAUGCAUUCACCCGAGCUAUCAAACGAAAGGUUUAGGAACAGCCCUCCUCGAGGCUUUUAUCCAGAUGGCAAUUGCCUUGGGAGUACCUGCCAUCGUGGCUUUACUCACCUGCGGUGUUACUCAUGAGUUGGCAACGGAAUUGGGCUUUGAAGUCCUCAAUGAGAUUCAAUACAGUCGGUGGAUUGUCAAUGACAGGGCAAUUUUUAUCAAUCCCGGAAUUGGGAAUUAUUCAGCUGCAUUGUUUGGCAUGUUUACUCCUUCCAUGAAAUAUUUAGAGAAAAUUUGGAGGGAAAGAAGGGCUUUGAAGAGGGAGGAAGAAAGACGGAGAAAGAAGUAACGUCUAGUGGAGAAGAUACAACAUCGAAAACCAGUAGGCGAAAUUUAUUUAGAAAUCAGUUGGUCCGAUUGUCGGUACAUUACCAUCAGCCGAUGAUCCCGAGCUCUACUUUCUUCAAUUUUUAUAAAUCCAAAACAUUUUGCAGAAAGCGCUUUCAAUUUUAUUAAUAUUCAUAAUAGAGGAAUUCGUAUCCUGAGAUAUUGUUCACUAUUUUUCACCGUUGAUAACUCCCCUCCAAGUUCUCAAUG